AUGGGUGCGCCCUCAAGUUUUACAAGGCCAUCCUCAUCGAGGCCCCCUACUUCUCCCCAGCCGGACGAAAACACACAAUCUGCUUCAUCCGGAGGCUUUUUUGUGUUUGAACAUGACAUGGAGUCUGUCAACCCUGUUCUGGUCCUAAAAGUCCGAUUUAGAGUCUUCAGUAAUGCAGCUUCAACUGUUAUGCCGGUGUGUAGCGGCCGAAGGAAACGACAGGCUGAAGAAGGAGAUCUCACCUUGUCAAGAACUUUCAAAGUCACUAUUGAAGAAAAUGGCGUCCAAACAGUCGUGAAAGGAGAGAUCAGCACUGGUGGCUCCAGAACAUGGAUGGUUCAAGCCGUGGUUGGCAUUGGAUGCGUCGCAAUCGCUGUUACCGUCAUUGCCAUCUUCUUGGGCGUCAUCAUCACCAGACGAAGGAGAAGGUCGAAUAUGAAACAAACUGACGACAAGUCUUAUUAUACACAUUAAGACUCCAAUUUU